CGUUGCUCUACCACUCGCUCAUUCUGCGAUCUAUUAAAAGUGGCUUCCUGAAGCCGGUGAAGAGGUCCGGGAGGGAGGGAGGAAGAUGGCGGCCGUGGCGCCUGGCGGCCUGGUGGGGAAGGGUCGCGACAUCAGCCUAGCCGCCCUGCAGCGCCACGACCCCUAUAUCAACCGCAUCGUGGACGUGGCCAGCCAGGUGGCUCUGUACACUUUCGGCCAUCGGGCCAACGAGUGGGAGAAGACUGAUGUGGAAGGAACCUUAUUUGUUUAUACAAGGUCUGCUUCUCCAGAGCAUGGAUUCACCAUUAUGAAUAGGCUGAGCAUGGAAAAUAGGACAGAACCCAUUACUAAAGACCUGGAUUUCCAACUCCAGGACCCUUUCCUUCUCUACAGAAAUGCCAGAUUGUCCAUUUAUGGAAUCUGGUUUUAUGAUAAGGAAGAAUGCCAAAGAAUUGCAGAGCUUAUGAAAAACCUAACUCAGUAUGAACAGUUGAAAGCCCAUCAGGGUGCUGGAGCAGGAGUCUCCCCAAUGAUCCUCAGUUCAGGAGAGGGCAAAGAAGUGGAUAUCUUACAAAUGCUCACCAAGGCCAAAGAUGAAUAUACAAAGUGUAAGACCUGCUCUGAGCCAAAACAGAUAACCAGCUCAUCUGCCAUCUAUGACAACCCUAAUCUCAUCAAACCAAUCCCGGUGAAGCCCAGCAGCAGCCAGCAGCAGCACAUACCUCCUGGCCAGAAUUUAGAUCCUGAACCCCAACACUUAUCCCUGAUAGCCCUGUUUGGGAAGCAGGACAAAGCUUCCAGCCAGGAAACUGUGGAGCCCCCACAGAGCCUUCACCAGCAGCAGCAAGAGAAGCUUCCAGUCCAGCAGGGCAUUGUGCACUCCUUCUCCUAUGAGGAGCCCAGAAAGCUCUCGCCCCCUGUGGAGAAGCAGCUGUGUCCAGCCAUUCAGAAACUCAUGGUCAGGAGUGUGGACCUGCACACCCUGUCAGAGCUACCUGAACAGCAGCCCUGUGAGAAUGGCAGUCCCCAUCCUGCAAGGGAAGUUGCUCCUGGACCCAUCCAGCAAGGGUCUCCCCAUAACAUCAGAACUAUGCAUGCUGGACAAAGUGCUUCCAGGACCCAGAACUUGUUAGAAAAGUUCCAGAGUGCCCCAGAGCUAGUGAGCAAGCUUGAUCCCAACACACGAGCACCCACCAACCUGGCUGCCCCUGGCAGCCACAAAGCCCUCUCUGCUGCUACCCCUGUGGCUCCAGUCCAGAGUCUGGCCCAGCCACAGCUGUAUUUCAAUGGCUCUCUUGCACCUCAGAUGCUAGGACAUCAGGCUCACAGAAAGGGACAGUGCAUACUGCCCAGACAAACACUGCCUCUGCCUGGCAGUCAGACAAGCAGCCCUGGGGUGGUCUCCCCUCAGGAGCUGCUAAGAAGGCUCCAAGUCGUACAGCAGGAGCAGCAGCUACAGGCAGCUCCUCGGCCAGGCCUGGCAGCCAAGUUCCCUGCAGUGACCCAGAGCUGCAGGACAGGGAAACCCUUAGAGUCCUGGAUCAGCAACACAUCCAGCACAGAGAAGCAGGCCCCUCUUCUGCAGGUCAUCUCACCUCUGCACAUCCCGGCUACAGUAGCUCCUUCUCUGCUCAUGUCCCCCAUGGUAUUCACACAAGCUACCUGUGCCCCACUAAGGGAGAGGGAUGGCGGGCUCCUGCCCCUGCAGAGCCCAGAGCCCUCUGUGGUCGCCAGCAGCCCGCUCACCAGGCCACAGCUCCAGGAAGCACUGCUGUACCUCAUCCAGCACUGAACAAAUAAAACAAAGAUAACAGCAGUGACAGCAUCUCAUGUGAAAUGAUGCCCAUGUGCAGAUGUGACAAAGGAAUGACCCCAAGCCCUGCAUGGUCGGACGACAAUGCGGGCUUCACUAGGACCAUUUUAGGUCGACACCACAGUGAUGUGUUUUGAAAAAUAGUAUGUUCUCUAUCCUUGACUGGAAUGAAUCACUUUAAAAGUGACAGGCCCAGUUAAUUUGGACCAAAGACUAAGCCUUUCAAGGGGCAGGUGGGAAUGGAGUACUUAUUUCUUCUCUACAGCAAAGCAGAUGAGAGCUGCUUUGUACAGCAGCUUUCUCUAGAGAGUUCAAGAAAUAGAUCAAAAGGGUUAUCUAAGGCACCCAAAGUUAGAUUUCAUAUCUAAAUUAACUUUUUCUCUUCCCACUCUCAUCCCAAAUUUGGAGACCGUCACGGAAGCCACUUCUAGGUAUCUCUGGAUCCCAGGCAGCAGUUUUAACCUCAUUGGAUGUCAGGUGGGAUUGCAGGGUGAGAUACUUGUCAGGAAGACAGCAGUGUCUGAAUGCUGUGGAUGUCUGCCUUGGCAGAGUUACAGAGGUCAAGCUGCCUGGAGCAGGGUACCGAGUGUGUAGUCUUCGGAGUCAGCUAGACCUGCCUUUGGUUCCCGGCCAGUUGGACCUUCUGAGACGCUGUUUCUCUCAUUUAUACAACAAAACACCCUACCAGUGUGUGUGAGGGUUAAACGGGCAACACGUGCCAUGACAUGCCACGCAUGAGGGAGCUAUAGUUGUUCUUGCCCCACAAGGUUUGCUAUGCCCAGGAUUCCAGCGCUAAAAGACCAGCCGCCAGAGGGACUUCAUCUGCUUCCACCACCACUAAGCGUCAGGUCUGACAUUGGCCUGUACCUAUCUGUGGUCAUUUCACUGUGCUGUCUUCUCCCCUUCCGUUCCCUGUCAAUAAAAUGAGAACAGUAACAUCUCCUCCUUACAAAGGAAGGACCACCAGCUCUUUAAGACAAGGGUAUUAGCAUAAACCAAAAUGGAUUUGUUGUUACUGUGCCUGCAUUUAUAUGUUAGUCAGGGUUCUGUCACUGUGACAGAAUACCUGAGAUGAACCGACCUCAAGAAGGAAAGGCUUAUUUUGACUCAGUUUUAGAGCUUUCAGUGCACGUUGAUUGCAUCUUUUGCCUUUGGGCCUGUGGUGUCACAGCACAUCAUGGCAGGGAGUGUGCAGUAAAGCAAAGCUGCUCGUCUCUCCUGGUAGGAAGCAGAGAGGGACAGAAGGGGUCGGGUCCCCACACCCACUUGGGGACACACUCCCAGUGACCUAACUCCCACUGGCCUCACCCCCUAAAGGUCCUGCCACCUCUCAAUAGCAUCACAGGCUGGGGGCUGAGCCUUCCACACAUGAGUCCAUGGUGGGGGGCAUUGAAGGUCCAAACAGUAGCAUGACCCAUUUUACUAGCAAAGCCAGAAAAAGCAGUACUAUUCCACAGGCUUUGCAGUCCUCGAACAUUCUUCUGAAGGCGAAUUCUGCUCAAUCUCCCCAUGUAGAAGGCCUGGCAUGGUGAUCACUGCAGUGUGACAGAAACUGGUGUUAGCAUCUUCAGGAACUGCCUGGUGUGCAUACAGAGCUCUACUGAUAUUUAGCCACCCAAACUGGGUUCUAGCCCUUUCCAAAGAAAGAGCCAAAGGCAAAACAUUCCCAGGCUGAUCACCUAGGAAAACACAAAUUGUUGACAUCUGAUAAAUUCCUGCAAACUUUUCGUAUCCCAUGAUGGACAGGAUGCUGCUUGCUUCCUCUUGAAUAAGAGUGCAAAUCAGAGAAGAAAGUGCCUUUCCUCUUAAAGAAAUGCUAACUUUUGAGUACUUAAGCCCUCUCCCGUUCCCUUGGAUGUUAAAUCCAACAUUUCCCACAUGUGAGGGCAUCUUCCCUGGUGUGUGUGAUACUAAGGAUGGCAGGUGUCAUGUCAAAAGCUCGAGCACCAGGCUUCACUUGGGUCUAACCAUAUGUCAGUGCAGAGGCAGGGAAGGCAAGUAGCUGAGAAGUAAACUGUAAAGGCAGUUCUUCAUCUGUAAGGAUGGGGUGAGCAGGGGUGGAGGUGUAGGGUAAAGAUUUAGAAAGGAGGAGUACAGACUACACAAAUAAAUUGGCUGCUUGUGCAUACUUACAAUGCAGAAGACUUUUUCAAACAAUGCCUCCUCUAUCCAGCUAAUGCCUCUUUCCCUCUUUUCAAAGAAAUCAGCUUUUUCCCAGCUUUGGAACGUGGAGCCGUCUUUAAGGUUAAAUUUAUCAUCUAUGGCCUGCAGGUUGUAGCAACGCCCCAUUGUGUCAAAUCAGCUGGCUGCACAUGUUGAUGAGCCUCCCCGGCGUUUUGCUGAAUACUUGAUUUUCAGAUUCCAAAUGUUCUGCUCCCCACUCCUUCUUGCAAUUAGGGGAGUCAGAGGGGCAGAUACAAAUCCUUGGUAUAUUUAACUCAACCUUGGAUAUCCAGAUAGAUUUUCACCAAAUUGAGUUAUGACUAAUGUCUUCCAACAGCUUAGCGCUUUGAGAAAAGUACAUAAAUAAAACUGUGUGUGCAGACUGUGGUCUUGCAACAUCAGAGGGGAGGUGAAAAGCAGAUCCCUGUUGGUAACUCGUGUACUCCAGGGGCUGGGCGGUGUAGACCGUACCGUGGCUCUGAGCCAGGACUGGGCACAGCUUGGACCAAGCCCCUGGCGCUGCUGAAGAGGGGAAAUGUAAGAAAUCCAAACCCUGACAAGUUAACUGAGGGCACAGCAGGAAAUGCACAUGCGCGCACGCGCACACACGUUCCAAAUAAUCAAGAGAAAGGGUGGAAUACCAUAGAGUUGGGAGCUAAAGACUAUGCAUUUCCCUAAAGCCUGAGGACCAAGACCAAAGGCACUAAGCAUCUGAGAAAAAUCAAGAUUGAGCAUCCCACUGAGGGCCACGCAAGGAAGUGGUGGGAACCCCCGCUCUCGAACUGCUGCAUAACCGAAGUCUAGACAUUCAGUGGUCCUGUGAUGGUCCUUCAAGGCCCAUUCAGCUGUGUACACUCCAACCCUGGAAGCAUCAGCUGCUCCCAGAGAUUUGCCCUCACUUCCUGCCACCUGUCUGAUAGGUGCUGCUAGGCUUGUCUUUUUGCAGCACAUCAUUUAAGGGUUCAAAACACCAGGAUGGCAAUCCCAGGACCUAGACAGCCAUGAGAUCCUUACCCAUUGCAGUAGUGCAAAGAGCUCUGUACUCAGAGACAUACAGCCCUGGAUUCUAGUCCUACCACCUCCUGUCUCUUUCUUUACCAUGUAAGUAUUGGGAGAAGAUUAUUUUCUGUAGUGUUUUACGUAACAGUUCAUAAAUUGUCACUUGGUUCAGGACCGUGCACGCUCCACAUUGCUGUCCUGUAGGUACAGUGUAGGACUUAGCCUCAAAUGUUGGUUGUAGCUAGCCCCUUUUAUUGACACUUACGGAUCUGUCGUAUAUCUGCCCCGGAUUAUUUUUGAUGUUUUUCAUAUUUUCUGGCCUUCUCCGGGGUGAUGAGCUUCUUAAGCUCUGUUCUCACUGUGUAAAUAGAGGUUCCCUCAGUGUGUCCAGAAGCUGAGAAAUUGCGGCUUGACAGAAAACCCAUAAAUAGUGAACCCUGAAAGGAUGUGGGCCUCUAUUUUGUAGCAGAAUCCCUGCCUCUGCGUGAAUGUCUCCAUCAGAUAACAUUAUCUUGUCUCGGCCAAACUCAGUAAUGUCAGCUGAGCAGCAGCUACUGGAAACUGCAUCUCCUCAGUGCUUUUCCCCAAGCGUCCUACUCUUUCUUCUCUCAGAAAAUGUCAGAGGAACAGGCCUUGUUCAGUUUCCUACAUCUAGAAACUAUAUUUAUUGUUUCCAUCCAUUACUUUUCAUCAAGCUCUUCACCACAUGCUAAGUUUGAAAUCACUUCACUCAUUUAUUGAGUAAAUAUGUAUCAAGCCCUCUGUACAUGGGCUGUGAAUGACACUGGAGGCACCGAGAUGAAUAAGAACCGGUCUCUGCCCCAAGGAUCUUGCAGUCCGGGUUAGAAGGAGACUAACAAUCAGGGCAGUACCUGACACGCAUAGGGUGUUGUAGGGAAUGCCAGAGAAGCUUCCAGAAGAGGAGAUUCCUAAGCAGUUCUUAAAAGGUAUGUAGGAGUUGACAAAUGGGGGAAAGCAGGGUUCAAAGCAAAGCAUAAAGAAAGGCAAGAAGCAUCCAUGAUGUUCAUGGAGGUGGGAGUGGUUGGGUGGGAGUAGAAUACAAGCCAUUCAGUGUGGCUGGAUCUUAAAAGAGAAAGCAGGAAAUGUGGCUGGAGAAAGCACAGUCUAACCCUGUAGACAAUGAGGAGUCAUUGAUGGAUUAAGCAGGAAGGGCCAUGGUCAGAUCUCCAUUUUCCCAUAAGCCUAUGCCAGCUGAGUAGAGAGGACAAUAUAGGUGAAAGGGUGGAAAGUUACAUUAUUCAGGUUUUCGACACUGACAAAAUACCUGAGAAAAUCAAAUUAUAAGAAGGAAGAGGUCAAAACAAAACAAAACAAAACAACCAACUAAGAAAAGCUCAGGUCCUGACAGAUUCACUGUUGAAUUCCAUAAGAAUUUUGGAGAUCUAACAGCAAUAUUUUUCAAAUGAAAUCAGAAGGGAAGCAGCACUUCCAAAGUCACCCCUGAAGCAAGCAUUACCCUGAUUCCCAAAACAGAAAAAGACCCAACCAAUAAAGAGAACUACAGACCAAUCUCUUUAAUGAACAUAGAUACAAAAAUCCUUAAUAAGAUACGUCAAACAGAGUGCAGUAAAUCACCAAAAAGAUCAUACAUCAUGACCAAGUAAGAUUUAUUCCAAGGAUUUAGGGAUAGCUUAACGUAUGUAAAUCAAUAAAUGUUAAUUCACCACAUAAAUAGAAGCCAGGACAAAAACCAAAUGAUCAUCUCAAUAGACACAGAAAAAACAUUGGAUAAAAUUCAGCAUGCAUUCAUGAUAAAAACUCUCACGAAAAUAGAAAUAGAGGGUCUUUAUCUUAGUCUGAUAAGGGCCAUCUAUGACAAACCCUGGGCUAACAUAAUACUUAAUGGUGAGAAGCUGAAAGCUUCCCCUCUUAAAUUAGGAAUAAGACAAAACAAAAAUGUCUACUCUCACCACUUUUAUUCAACCUAGUUCUCAAAACACUAGCUACAGCAAUUAGGAGAAAGAAAUGAAAGGAAUAUGGACAGGAAAAGAAGAAGGUACAUUAUUAUUAUUCACAGACAACAUGAUCUUCUACACAGAAGAUCCUGACAAUUCCACUAAGAGACUCCUAGAACCAAUAACUAAAUUCAGUAAGGUAGCAGGAUAUAAAGUCCACACUUAAAAAUCAAUAGCAAUACCAAUAACAAACUCACCAUGACUACCAUUAACCAUAACAUCCUGAUGAGCCUGUGGGGAGAAAGGAGCUCUUCUUGGUUGGUGGUGGGAGUGUAAACUGAUACAACCACUAUGGAAAUCAGUAUGGAGAUUCCUCAAAAAACUAAAACUAGAAAUUCCAUUUGACCCAGUUAUUCCCCUUUCGGGUAUCUUUCCAAAAGAGUUUAAAACAUCAUAUCACAGUAAUGUACGUGUUCCUAUGUUUAUAGUUGCACAAUUCAUAAAAGCCAAAUCUUGAAAUCAGCCUGUAUGCCCAACAACAGAUGAAUGCAUACAGGAUAUGUGGUACCCAUACACAAUGGAGUACUACUCUGCCUUUAAGAAUGAUAACAGUAUUUGUAGGAAAAUGAAUGUACCUUGAGACAUAAUGGUAAGUGAAAUAAAUCAGACACAGAAGCUUAUACAUUGUAUGGUUUCGCUUUGUGACAAAUUUAAUAAGAAAGAAGAGACAGAUAAAAGAGAAAAAAGUAAUUCUGUUCCAGAUACAUCUCUCUUAUUGGUCUCUGGUUUCACUCUAACACAAUGUGGGAGCUCAUUUUGCAGCAUUUACAUUUCUUUGGAUAUGUUAGGUUCUUUUGGUUGUUAUGAGCAUGGUAUGUUUUGAAGAAACAAUUUCCAGAAUAGGAAAAUCUAUGAAGACAGAGAGGAGCUCAGUGGUUCCCUAGAUUUAGGGGCAAGAGAUGGGGAGAUAACAGCUAGUAGGUGGAGUGUUUUGAUUUGGGAAAACAACAGUGACCUAAAUUUGAUUGUGGUUGUAGUCGUACAACUCUGUCAAUGUGCUAAAAUCUAUUGAAUCUUACAUUUUAAGGGUGUGAAUUGUGUGGUAUGCAGAUUUUUAGUUUAAUAAAGUGGUUUUAUUUUUUUUAAAAAGGAAGGAAAGAUUGGUUUUGGCUCACACUUUCAGAUGUUUACAUCCAUGUUCACUUGGCCCUGCUGCUUUUGGGCCUUUGGUGAGGUAGAACAUCACCGUGGGAGCACAUGGUGGAGGAAAUCACUCACCUCAUGGCAGCAGAGAGGUGAAGCAGAGGAAGGUGCUGGAGUUCCAAUGUCUCCUUCAAGGGCGCACCUCCCAGCAGGCCCCACCUCCAAAGGUUCUACCACCUCCUGAUAGCACCACAAGCUGGGGCCCAAGCCCUCCACACAUGGGCCCUUGGAGGACACUAAAGACCCAAACUAUAAUAACUGCAAAGAUAGCAGUGGAAGGGGUGGCAGUGGUCCAAGUAGAAAAGGAUGAUGGGGGCCGGGGAUUUAGCUCAGCAGUUCUGGCUCCUGCCUCACAAGCGCAAGGUCCCAAGUUCGAUCCCCGGUACCAAAAGGAUGAUGGUCUGAUCACAGGCAAUGGUGGCUGAGAUAUUUGUUGAAGAAAUGAGAAGGAGAAGGAAGAUGAAGAGGAGGAGGAAUCAAAUAUUUAAAAUACGUAGGAAGCAAAAUGAGUGACUUCAUUGUGGACAACAAAAGAGAAAUCAAAGAAGACCACAGGUUUCUUACAUGAUGGACUAGAUUCAUACUGAGUUUAAGUUAGGAAAUGCUGGCUAGAGUUAAUAAUAAUAAUAACAACAA